GGUUCCCCGGGCAACCGCUCAACAGAUCCGAGGGUUCCCGGAGGCGGCUGUAGCCCACAGCGGGGUCCGCUGGGGUCCGUUGCGGCCAGUAUUUUUUAUUAUGACUUUUCAAGAGAAGAUAGAAGAACAUCCUUUUGUGGAUAUAUUUAAUGAAGAUGAAGCUGACAAACACUUUAUGUUAUCUAAACCUGUUUGCUUUGUUGUAUUUGGGAAACCAGGUGUUGGGAAGACAACAUUAGCCCGUCAAAUAGCACACGAAUGGAAAUGUAUUCGUGUAGAAGCUCUAACAAUUUUGGAAGAACAUAUUGCCAAUGAAACCGAAGCAGGGGUUAUGUUGCAAUCGAUGCUGAUGAGUGGUCAAAGCAUUCCAGAUGAACUUGUCAUAAAGCUAAUGUUGGAGAAGCUCAACUCCCUAGAAAUCUCUCACUUUGGUUAUAUUAUCACUGAACUACCAACACUUCCACAGGAUGCCAUGACUACUUUGCAGCAAAUAACCUUAAUUAAAAAUCUAGAUUUGAAACCUGAUAUUAUAAUCAAUAUUAAGUGCCCUGACUAUGAUUUAUGCCAAAAAGUUUCUGGGCAAAGGCAGCACAGUACUACCGGGUACAUUUACACAAGAGAGCAGUGGGAUCCGGAAGUCAUUGAGAAUCGAAGGAAAAAAAAGAAAGAAGCCCAUAAAGAAGGAAGAGGAGAAGAGGAAGGGGAAGAAGAGGAAGAGCAAGAAGAAGAAGAGGCAUUUAUUGCCGAAAUGCAGGUGGUGGCUGAAAUUCUUCAACAUUUAGUUCAGAGGCCAGAGGAUUAUAUGGAAAAUAUUGAGAACAUCGUUAAACUUUAUAAGGAUAUGAUUCUUCAUGCUUUAGAAGAAAUAAUGGCUGAACACAAUCCCCAGUAUUUCAUUGAGCUUGAUGGAAAUAAGCCCCCAGAGGACCUCUUUAAUACGGUCAUAGAGCGACUUAAAUAUCUGAACCUAAGAAGAGCAGCUGUUUUAACUAAACUUCAGAGUGCAGAGGAAGAACUGAAUGAUGCAAUGGACAAUGAUGAGCUGUUUCGUACUCUUGCAUCUUAUAAACUUAUUGCACCAAGAUAUAGAUGGCAGAGAAGCAGAUGGGGACGCUCAUGUCCUGUGACUUUAAAAGAAGGUAACAUUUAUCCAGGAAUGGCUGACUUUUCUGUAAGUUUUCUAGGUAAAAUGUACUGUCUGGCAUCAGAAGAAACAUUAAGAGCAUUUUUAUUGAACCCACGCCCCUAUCUUCUUCCACCAAUGCCUGCACCACCAUUCAAAGUAUUUGUAUUUGGACCUCCAUCUUCAGGGAAAACAACACUUUGCAAUUUGCUUGCAGAACAUUACAAAGGAAAGGUAGUUGACUAUGCCAAACUUGUUCAGCCACGUUUUGAUAAAGCCCUUGAUACGUUAAAAAAAAAUACUAUAGCUGAGGCCACUCAAGAAGCUAUUAAGACUGUGAGAGAACGGCUUCUCACAGAAGCAGAAAAUAAAAAACAAGCUUUAAAAGACAAGGAAAGAGAACUUAAAAUGAAGGAGUAUAGUAAAGGCUUCGAAGAGGCACGCUCUUCACUUGAUGUCGAUGGGCUCAUUCCGGAAUCCCAAAGAGCAAGCACUGUAGAGGACAAUGAAGAAGUCAAAAUGAAGUUGGAUAGUGAUCCAACUGUUAAAACUGAUCAAGAUGGUUUGAACAAUGUUUUACUCACAGAUGAAAGAGAACCUAGUGAACCACCUGUACUUAAAAUAAGUUUACAAGACAGUCAAGAUCUAAACUUGGAUUUUAAAAAAGACUCAACAGAAGAGGUAACUGCAGAUCAUCCAGAGGUUCUUUCUGUAAUAAAUGAGUUGUCGAAAAUGACAAAGGAUAUGACCUUUGAACAUCCAUAUGAAAAGUAUGCUGAAAUCUUAGAGGAAGUCCUGGAAGAGGUAGUUGAACAAACCAAGAACAGGUUUUCUGGUGCCCCAAAAUCUGGAGGAUGGGUAGUGGACAACUGCCCUGUUACGAAAGAACUGUGGACAACCUUAGUGGAGAAAGGAAUUACACCAGAUUUAGUAAUCUAUUUGUCAGAUACAGAAACCAACGGAAAAUAUUUACUUAAUAGAUUGUAUUUAAAGAAUAAAGCUGAAAUUGAUGCUAAGAUAUUCGAGAGAUUACUAGAUGAAGUAAGAAAGAAAAAAAGAGAGGAAGAAGCAUUAAGAAAAAUCAAAGAAGAGGCAUUGAGAAUAGAAGAAGAAAAUCAAAAGCUAUUGGCAGCUCUGAAUGUGAAAACAAAAGGGGUCGACGAGACUGACCUUGAGGCUUAUGGGGAUAUUGAAGGUGAGGAGAAUGACAUUCCUGAAGUGUCUGAGGCCCUUGAGGAGACCGGGGGGCUCUUAGCAGAGGAGCCUGAAGCUUCUGAGGUUCCGGAACCAGAACCUGAAUCAGAGUCUACUGAGGAAACUACAGUUGGAACAGAAAUUCCAAAAGAAUCCAGAGAGGGUCUGGAAAUUACAUUAUCUCAAACAGAAAUUGUACUACCUGAGUUUCCUGAAGACGCUUAUCCUGAUGUUCCUGAGAUGGACAUACUUAAAGACGAGAUGAAAAAUUACGAGGCCAACUGGAAAAAUCUGGAAGUAAUCAUCAAUGACUCUUUCUUUCCAAUUUUCAAGUUGGAGAUUGCUGGCCAGACUCCAGAGGAGCUAUUUCAGAAAGCCGUGGAGACUAUGGAAAAACCUUUUCAGUAUGUCGCAUGGGAGUUCAAUAUAGAAGAUUAUGAGGAAGAAACAGAAGACCUCCAGGCCGAAGCGGAGAUUGAUGAGGAGCUAGAAGAGGAGGAGGAGGAGGAGGAAGAGAAUGAAGACAGAAUGAAAGAGAAGAAAAGACAUUUGGGAGACACAAAGCACUUUUGUCCAGUAGUUCUCAAAGAAAACUUCGUCCUACAACCAGGCAACACAGAGGAAGCAGCUAAAUAUCGAGAAAAGGUCUACUACUUUUCAAGUCCCGAGGCUAGAGAAAAAUUUAUGGAGCAUCCUCAGGAGUAUGUGGCUCACAAUGAACCAUUAAAGGCUCCUCCAUUAAGAAUAUGCCUUCUGGGUCCCCAUGGCUCUGGCAAAACUAUCUGUGGAAGACAGUUAGCAGAAAACUUGGGCAUCUUUCACAUUCAGUUUGAAGAAUUUCUACAAGAAAAAAUGAUGCUCAAAACUGAAAAGAAAGUUGGACCUGAAUUUGAAGAAGAGGCUGAGGAAGAACAACUUGCAAAACAAGAACUUGAAGAGCUUGCAAUUGAGGCCAAUGUCACACUUGAGAAAGAAUAUGCAAAUAAGCCGCCUCCAGAAGUGCAAUUUACAGAAGAAGAAGAAGCAAUCAGAUUAUAUUUAAUGGAAAAUGAACCAUUGCCUCCCGAAAUUCUAGAAAACAUUCUUUCUGAGUGGUGGCAUAAAGAACCAAUACGUUCCACAGGUUUUAUAUUAGAGGGUUUCCCACGAUAUCCUGAUGAGGCCCAGCUUCUAGGGGAACAUGGAUUUUUCCCAGAUGCUGCUUUUUUAAUACAAGUUGAUGAUCAAGAUGUUUGUGAUCGGCUCCUGCCUCCCCAAAUUGAAAAGUGGAAACUGAAACAGAAGAAGAAAUUAGAAAGGAAAAUGCUCAUUAAAGAAAUGAAGGCAAAAAUCAGGGAUGAUAUGAUUGCUAAAAGAAGGGCUGAACUUAUAGCAGAGAAAGAGAAAAGAAGGAAAGAGGAGCUUGCUAGAGAAGAUGAAGAAAUGAGUGACGAAGAGACAGAAGAUGAUGAUGAUAUUGACAAUAUCCUUGAGGAAGAAUUUCCGAAAGAGGAGGAAGUAAUGAGUGAGGAAGAAGAAGAACCGGAAGCUGAUGCGAUUGAACGCCUGAGAGGUGACCUGUUAGACAAAUUUGAAACAGAUACACGUUAUUUACAAGGAAUACAGGAUGAAUUUGAAAAGUCUUUGAUACCACUAAUUGUCAUUAAUGGAGCUCGGAAAAUCCACAUUGUACAAUAUUUAUUGAAUAAAAGACUGAAACCACUGGUGGAAAAUCGGGCAAGCAUUUUUGAGAAGUGUUAUCCAAUAUCAUCACGCCUUGCCCAGAAACUGCUCAGCUUUACCUAUAAAUAUAUUAGCACAUUCGGCUACUGGGACCCUGUAAAGCUAAGUGAAGGAGAGACACUCAAGUCAAUUGAAAGUCCAGAUAAUCCAUUUUAUCCUGUAAUCCAUCGUCAGUAUAUUUACUUUUUAUCUAAUAAGGAAACUAAAGAAAAAUUUAUGAAGAACCCAAUCAAAUAUAUUCGCCAACCCAAACCUAAGCCUAAUAUGCCCAUUAAGAUCGCAAUUGUGGGACCUCCAAAAUCUGGGAAAACUACAGUUGCCAAAAAAAUUUCAAGUGAAUAUGGCAUAAAGUGUUUGUCAGUAGGAGACGCUUUGCGUUCCGUGUUAAGCAACCAACCAGACACAGAGCUGGCACUUAUGUUAAAUUGGCAUCUUCAUAAAGGAUUGACAGUACCUGAUUCUCUGGCUAUUCAAGCCUUAGAAGUAUCUAUGAUGCACAGUGCAUGUAAUACCACAGGUGUUAUCAUCGAUGGAUAUCCAGUAACCAAGUAUCAAGUGAGUCUUUUGGAGGCCGAGUCAAUCAUUCCCCUGAUCAUCUUUGAGUUGGAUGUACCUUCCAAGGAGAUUUUCAAAAGAUUGCUCCUGGAAAAAAAAAAGGAACAAAGUUUGCCUUAUCCAUUACACAAUAGCUCACAGAUUAUAGCUGUCAAGAAGUCCAAGUACCACAAAAAUAUUGUUGAGAUUAGGCAACAUUACCAAGAACAACAUCAGAACUGGUAUGUGAUUGAUGGUUUUCACAGCAAAUGGUGGGUAUGGAAUGAAGUCAUUACGAAUGUUAAAAUGGUGAAUGGAUACAUGCAGACAUACCUGGAAAGAAUAAAAGAAGGGAAAGCUGCCUGCAUUGACAAGUUAUGCAUCACACCUCAGGAACUGAUUUCUCGCCUGGGCGAGUUUGGACAGUUCUGCCCGGUCAGCCUGGCAGAAUCAUAUGAGCUAGUUGAUUGCUCAGAAAUGGAGAGCUUGGAAUUUGCCGCAGAAUUCAGAGGGCAUUAUUAUAAAAUGGGUUCUCAGGAAAAACUGAAUAAAUUUUUGGAGAACCCAACAUUAUAUGUGCCUCCAUUAGCACCUCAUCCACUCCCACCUGCCGACAUGAUCCCCAAGAGGCUGACCCUGUCAGAGCUGAAGAAGCGGUUCCCUAAGUGUGCUGAGCUCCACGGCUACUGUCCUGUGACCUAUCAGGAUGGAAACCAAAGAUAUGAAGCCCUAGUACCUGGGAACAUUAAGUAUGCCAUAGAAUAUCGUGAUCGUAUAUACAUUUGUGAGAAUAGUGAAAAACUUGAGAAAUUUUUGAGAACACCACUGAAAUACUGGAAUCAGAAGCUUCCAUACAAACUUCCUCCAUUAAAGGAACCAAUACAUCUCACUAGUCUUCCUUUGCCUGGAUAUCUGGAACAGGGUAUCGCAACUUCUCUAAUUAAAGCAAUGAAUGCAGUAGGAUGCUUAAAACCCAAAUUUCCUUUCUUAAGUAUAAAGAAAUCCGCGCUACUCUAUAUAGCAUUUCAUCUAAAAGCCUUUAAUCCCAAAGGUUCUGAAUAUACAAGAAAAAAGUAUAAGAAGAAGAUGGAGCAGUUUAUAGAGAGAUGUGAACUCAUUACAUACCUGAGUGCCCACAUGACCAGAAAAUACAAGGAACCUCAGUUUAGAGCUAUUGACUUUGAUCAUAAAUUACAGACCUUUCUCUCUCUCAGAAAUAUAGACCCAGUUAAAGAAUAGUUUGGUUGGGUGACUGCAGCCAGCAUCUCAAGAGUUAUCUGAAAGGCAUAGAGGGAAAUCAAUUGAAAAUCUGGCCUCGGAUGAACUUCUCCCUCCUGAGUGAGACACCAUGGCUGCCAGACCCCAAAUAGACUCAAAGCUCUGCCAUCCAGGAAGGAGUGCUCUUCUGUAAGCA